AUGACCGACUUCCUCUCCGAAACCGACAUCCUCGGCGCCGACUUCUCCUCGUCCGCCAACAACAACGCCGACGACUUUGACUUUGACCGCGCCGCCUCUGCCUUCCCCGACAUCUCCCUCGACGCCGACGCCGACGUCCCCUCCCUCCCCCCCACCCACGCCCCGCGCCCACCCACCAACGGCUUCUCCUUCGACGACUUUGGCUCGCCCCCGCGCGAGAGCGUGACAGACGUCAAAGUCACCGGCGACGACGACAUUGACAAGUUCGAGAGCGAGUUCCCAGAGUUGGACGUUCCCCAGACAUACUCCGCACCUCCGCCCACCCAGCCUUCAUUCGGCGCACCCCCUCCAUUCGCCCCUCGUCCCCAGCCCUCCUCCUUCACCUCCACUCCCAUCUUCAACCAACCCCCGCCAGAGGACGAACCAGAGGUUAUCAGAGAAUGGCGCGAGAAGCAAGCAGAGGAGAUAAAAGCCCGAGACGAAGCCUCCAAAGCCAAGCGCCAAGACGUCGUCUCAAAAGCCGAGCGCGCCAUUGACGAUUUCUACGAAGACUAUAAUGCGAAGAAGGAGAGGACGAUUCGUGAUAACAAAGACGAAGAAUCCGAAUACCUCGCCCAACUCUCCUCCUCCCUCACCCACGGCACCACCUGGGAACGCAUCUGCGACAUCAUCGACCUCUCCAACUCCCAGAGCAAAACCAUCGCCCGCACCGGGGCGGGCACCACCGACCUCUCGCGCUUCAAGGAGGUGCUGUUGAGGCUCAAGAGGGAGGGAGAUGCGGCGCCUGGGGCGGGUGGGUAUUAGUCUUGGCUUUGGCUUUGGCUGAUCGUGGAUGGGGUAGGGCGUUGGUGUGGUAGAGCGUUGAGCAUGGCGUGGUAGAGCAUGAUGUGGUUUGGAUUGGAGUAGAUAUAUAGUGAUACCGGUGGACGUUAUUUCUUUCUUUACUCGACUCUUCGUUGUGCACUGAGCUAGUAAGCUACCUCAAAA